AGACAAGAGAGAUCACUACCGUUCUCUCUCUCCUCCCCUCCAUUUUACAGCAGACAUAGAGAGAGAAAGAGGAGAAGAGUGUGUUUUUGAACAAGCAUGCAUGCUCCAAUUUCCAAUUUUGACCUCAGCAUUUUACUUAAUUCGCGCACCUCCACCACCGCUGCCGCCGUUGCUGCUUCUGCUUUUAAUUGCGCUGCGCCACUACACCAUGGCGGUUUCCGACGUGGACGCCGUGCUGGAGUUUCUGAGGAAGUACGGUCUGUCUGAGUCCGAGUCCGCUCUCCGACAAGAUGUCUCCGAGAGAGGCGGGGUGGCAUCUUUUGAUUUCGAGAGUUUCGUUUUCCCGAUGGUGCCGCCUCCGCCGCCGGUCAGAAUUCCGGCAAGCUCUCGGAGGAUGGAGGAGGCCGUGGGCGAUACGGACUCGAGUUCGGUUUGUUCGGAUGAUUUCGUGAGCUUGGGGUCUUCUGCUACUGACGCGUAUUCCACAGAAUUUACAAAUCCAUAUGGAGUCCGUUCUGCAACUCAGGCUAAUUCCAUAGCUUCAUCAGAUAGCUUAUGUGAAUUUGGUACGGCACGUGAUUACUCUGAUUUUGAUAUGCAAAAUGACCUCUACUGGUACGAUGAGAAAGACGAUGACUACUUCAAUACCUCCUGCUUUGGAGGGUCAGAGUCCUUUGGUUGCCCAAGUGAGGACAAGUUUGUCAUGACUUUGGAGAAAGAUAAGCAGUCUGAAAGCCAAUUGACGUUAAUUCAUAAAUCUGAAGGAUACCCAACAUUAUCAACUACUAAUUACCUGGAAAAGCCAUGUGUUUUCAAUCUUACUUCUAUGGAUGGUGUGAAUGACAUUCCAGUGACCGAUUAUUAUCAUUUGGGUGAGCAUUUCCAACCAGACGGGGCCAGAGAAGGAGAUCAUGGGAGCUGUGCAGUUUAUAGCUGUUCAGUCCCCUUUGCAAAUGCUGUACUGGUGCCGAAGGGUUUCGUGGUGGUGAUUGUAGAUUAUAGCCAAAUGAACUUUGCCGAGACUGAUUUGGAUGGUUCUCAGCUAAAGGUUGUAGGGAAAAUACCAACUGACUGCGAUUCGGCUUCAGAAUAUAAAAUAAACAAGAGCUUUGACUACUCUAUUAAAAGGAGUUCUGCUAAUGAUUUGAUUGGAGAGUUUAAAAGUACCUCUGACUUACAUAUUGAAAGCACCGAGCCAAAUGGAAACUAUGGCUAUGAAGUUGGAGAUGAUGGAGAAGUGGCUGGAGAAUGCUAUGAGCCUGAGGCUAAUGUUGAUGAACAGGAAGGUGCUACCGCUGAUGAGCUUUUGAUGUAUGAAAACCAAGAGGAUGAAUAUGAAGUAUUCAAUCUAAGAAUCAUACACAGGAAAAACAGGACUGGAUUUGAAGAGAACAAGGAUCUACCUAUUGUUCUAAAUACUGUCCUUGCCGGCAGAUAUUACAUCACAGAAUACCUAGGUUCAGCCGCUUUCAGCAAAGUUGUUCAAGCACAUGAUCUCCAGACAGGAAUGGAUGUUUGCCUGAAGAUCAUAAAAAAUGACAAGGACUUUUUCGAUCAGAGUUUAGAUGAAAUUAAACUUCUAAAAUAUGUGAAUAAGCAUGACCCUGCUGAUGAACGCCACAUUUUGCGCCUUUAUGACUACUUCUAUCAUCAGGAGCAUCUUUUCAUUGUUUGUGAACUCCUUCGGGCAAACUUAUAUGAAUUUCAGAAAUUUAAUCAAGAAUCUGGUGGAGAGACUUAUUUUACUUUGAAGAGGUUGCAGGUCAUAACCCGGCAGUGUUUGGAGGCACUGGAAUACUUGCAUGACUUGGGAAUUAUCCACUGUGAUCUAAAGCCUGAGAACAUUCUUAUCAAAAGUUACAGGAGAUGUGACAUAAAGGUUAUUGAUCUUGGAAGCAGUUGCUUUCGGACAGAUAACUUGUCCCUCUAUGUACAAUCCCGUUCCUACAGGGCUCCUGAAGUCAUCCUAGGCCUCCCAUAUGAUCAAAGAAUUGACAUUUGGUCUCUUGGUUGCAUCUUGGCCGAGCUCUGCUCUGGGGAGGUGCUUUUUCCGAAUGAUGAACUUGUAACAUUGCUUGUGCGCAUGAUUGGGAUGCUUGGUCCUAUCGAUCUGGAGAUGUUAGUAAGGGGGCAGGAGACUUACAAGUACUUCACAAAAGAAUAUGACCUUUAUCAUAUAAAUGAGGAAACAAACGAAAUGGAAUACUUAAUCCCUGAGGAAUCCUCAUUGGAGGAUCACCUGCAGAUAUCUGAUGUUGGAUUUCUCAACUUCUUGAGAGACUUGCUUGAGAUAAACCCCCAGAGGCGUCCCACUGCAAAAGAGGCGCUAGACCACCCCUGGCUAUCUCAUUCAUACGACUCCAAUUCCAGCCGAGUUUCAGAUGGAAUCUAAUUUUUUUCAGAGACUUAUUAUUUAUGUCAGUUUUGAAGCAUCUCGCGAGGGAAUAGCUUCCUGUCAGCACAAGACACAUGCUGAACUGUGUUUCCGAUUUUGUUUCUGGUCAGUAUACAUGUAACUAGGCAUACUUUUAUUUGUUGAUUUAACAUAUUUUUUCACUGUACAAAAGCCUUCCUCUUCCUUCUUUCUUUUCAUCUCUUCUGCAGGUUUGGAGCUUGUCAUUGCUCCAAGCCUGGGUUAUUGAUUGAGCAAAAACAGGAACAUAUACAUCAUAAUGGUACUGAUUUUGUAUUGAAAAUGUGCCCUAAGUCAAAUUCAUAAUGAUCUUACAUUUUCCUUCUUUUUUUCAUAUCAACAA